AUGUGUGUUAAAGAUAGGCAGAACAACAAUUUAACAUUCACAUUAAAUAAUGCUUACUAUCGCGCAAGCCGUUGCACUGGACUUUCGAAGAGAGCAUUGUCUGCAAUUCAAAAUGAAGCCAAAAAAGGGCCUCUUUGUUCGCCUUCUAAAAAGAAAAGACAGUGUAAAAAGGAGACAAAUUUAAACGUCGAUGAUUUUGAUCGAGAUGUUAUACACAGAAUUAUUGAAGAAUUUUAUUUAACUAAAAAAAUUGUUCCGACCUGCAUUAAACUCCUCGCAGCUAUUCGAGAAAAAACCGAGUUUCCAUGGGGAGUGACGAGUUUAAGAAAAUUGUUAAAAGACAUGGGAUAUAGAUGGCUUAAUUGUCAUAAUAAACUUAGAAUUUUGGUGGAGAGGCCAGCUGUCGCAUAUGCACGGUCAAUUUAUUUGCGGAAAUUUGAGGUCAGCGAUGGUGAGGAUAGUGACACCGAUUCAACCAAGUAUUCCGUUUCAGAAUCUGAUGCUGCAUGA